UGUGCAGCAGGAAUUCUGGUGAUCAACGUGCUCUUGGGGCCCCUAAUUCCAGGCAAGAUUCCAACAUGGCUGCAGGGAACACUGCUUCGCAAUGGGCCUGGGAUGCACACAGUGGGGGAGACCAGAUACAACCAUUGGUUUGAUGGCCUAGCCUUGCUCCACAGCUUCACAAUUAGAGAUGGUGAAGUCUAUUACAAGAGCAAAUACCUGAGAAGUGACGCCUACAACGCCAAUAUCGAGGCAAACAGGAUUGUGGUGUCCGAGUUUGGAACAAUGGCCUAUCCAGACCCCGGCAAAAACAUAUUUUCCAAAGCUUUCUCCUACCUGUCCCACACCAUCCCAGAUUUCACAGACAACUGCCUGAUUAACAUCAUGAAGUGUGGAGAAGACUUUUAUGCGACCUCAGAGACCAAUUACAUAAGGAAAAUCAACCCACAGACUCUGGAAACUCUGGAAAAGGUUGAUUAUCGCAAAUACGUGGCUAUAAAUACGGCAACAUCGCAUCCUCAUUAUGAUUCAGCCGGAAAUAUUCUCAACAUAGGCACAUCCAUUUUGGACAAGGGGAAGACAAAGUUUGUGAUCUUUAAGAUCCCUGCCACAGUACCAGACAGGACGAAGGGGAAGGACCCCUUGAAGCACAUGGAGGUGCUCUGCUCCAUCACCUCCCGCUCCCUCCUCUCCCCGAGCUAUUACCACAGCUUCGGGGUCACCAAGAACUACGUCGUCUUUCUCGAGCAGCCCUUCAAGCUGGAUAUUCUCAAGAUGUCGACUGCAUACAUCCGGGGAGUGAGCUGGGCUUCUUGCCUGGCUUUCCACGGGGAGGAGAAGACUUAUAUUCACAUUGUCGACCAAAGGACUGGGAAGCCCAUGUCCGUCAGGUUUUACACAGACCCUAUGGUGGUCUUUCAUCACGUGAACGCCUACGAAGAGGAUGGCUGCCUUGUCUUUGACGUCAUCGCCUACGAGGACAGCAGCCUCUACCAGUCUUUCCACUUGGCCAGCCUGACCCAAGACUCUAAAGAGAACUGUGGAGCCAACUCUACCCCCACCCUCAAGAGGUUCGCUGUGCCCCUCUGCAUGGACAAGAAUGCAGAAGUGGGCUCAAAUUUAAUCAAAGUGGCAUCUACAACAGCAAGAGCCCUGAAGGAAAAAGAUGACCAAGUCUACUGCCAGCCAGAGUUGUUAUGUGAAGGCUUAGAACUGCCUCAGAUCAAUUAUGCUCACAAUGGGCAACUGUAUCGAUACAUCUUUGCCGUUGGAGUCCAGAGGAAUUCCGUCCCAACCAAGAUAGUGAAAUAUGACAUUCUCACAAAGUCGUUCUUAAAAUGGAGAGAGGAGCACUGCUGGCCGGCGGAAUCCCUGUUUGUGCCCACACCAGGUGCCAAAGACGAAGAUGACGGAAUUAUCUUAUCAGCUAUUGUCACUUCUGAUCCCCAGAAGUCGCCUUUUUUGCUUAUUCUGGAUGCCAAAAGUUUUACAGAACUGGCUCGCGCAUACGUUGAUGUAGACAUGCACCUGGAUCUCCACGGGUUAUUCAUCCCGGACGCAGAGUGGGACCCGAGGAAGCAGGCCCCUUCCCAGGGAGGCCAGGCCGGGGCUUCGGACUGCCACGUGACCUCAUCGACCGGACAGGCCUGAAGAGCCCGCUGACAGGCUCCCGCAGGACACAGGUGCGGCCCCUCGCUGGGUAGAGAGGAGGGCCUUCGUGUCAUUUGGCGCUCGUUCUUUCAGUGUUCGCUUUGAGACAAAGGUGUGGAGACAGAGCUUAUCAGUAUCUUUCAUUUUGUUUUGGCCAUAAAAACCUUGUCUGAGAGUUGAUCAAAUAUUUAUUGAUCAGCUCUAGCACUUCUAAGAAAGUCCCUUUCCUGCGAAGACCAUGACCAUGGAUCAGAAAUUAUGGUGUUAACGUAUUCAUCGUUCUUAGAGUGAGCAAUCCCUGACAUACUAGAGGAGAGACAGAUAAUCAUUUAUCAUUGCUCCUCCCUCCCUUCCUCCCCGCCUCUCCCUUCCCUCUCUGUUCUUUCCAGUGGACUAGAUUGUACGCCUGGGAGUUCUCGCCUUCUCAACCAUGCCCUGUUAGUAAAUUGUGUGGCCAGGAAGGCAUGUGGCUUUGUGUCAUUCCAUGCAAGGCAUGACAUAAUAUAAUAAAUAUAAAUAAUAAAAUAUAAUACAAAUAAUAACUUUAAAGUCUGUUCGGACCUUAUUUUAUUUUUACAUGGCUUCUUUCCU